GGUGAUCCCCUCACUAUCGCAGCCAUAUCCAUCCAUCCCAGCUAGAAUUGAGACAAGUUCUUUCCCUUCUUCUUGCACAGUUGCACUAGUUAGUAGCUGUAGGCUUUAGCCAUCUCCUCACUUUGUUCACCAGUCACCACACUCGUUGCUCUUCACAGUUUCAGGCUGCAAUCCAUUGUUGUUUCGUCCGUCAUUUGUAUGUUCCACCACGACUGAGAGUAGGUAGAGACUUGUUGCUUCUCGCAUUGGUGAGGAUAAAUGGUGGCCUAGACCAAUGGCAGCAUGCCAGGGUCCGGCUAGCGUGCCGGAGCUGUCAUCGUCGUCUGGGAGGAGCGCGACGGCAGUAAGGUCACUGAAGGUCCAUAGCGAGUCCGAGAGGCGACGCCGGGAGAGGAUCAAUACCCACCUGGCCACUCUGAGGAGAAUGAUCCCUGAUGCUAACCAGAUGGACAAGGCCACCUUGUUAGCCUGUGUGGUGAAUCAAGUGAAGGAACUCAAGAGGAAAGCAACCGAAACCACACGGUUGCAAGCAACAGCUCUCAUCCCUCCGGAGGCCAAUGAGAUGACCGUAGAUUGCUACACCGCCGCCGGCGACAACCGGACCACGUGCAUUCGUGCCACCGUCAGCUGCGACGACCGGCCGGGCCUCUUCGUGGGUCUGGCCGAAGCGUUCCGUGGCCUUGGGCUGAGGAUGCUGAGGACAGAAACGGCCUCUCUGGGAGGCAGGGCGUGCCAUGUGUUUGUAUUGUGCAAGGAGGGCGGCGAUGUCGGUGCCGGCCUGAGGACCCUAGAGUGGGCGGUCCGGCAGGCGAUGGGCGAGGUCGUCUUCCCGGAGAUGGCGUGCGGUGACAGCUCGUGGAGCAAGAGGGAGAGGAUUUUAGAGGGGCACUGCCCGGUCAUGUACUCGGUGUAGGUGGCUUCCUUCAGGAAAAAUACUUUCAGAUGGAAUGCGAGAGCAAAUCCGUACACGUAGAUCGCACCAAAGCGAGCAAGCAGAGGAGCCAGAGUAUUGCGACGCCUUUGAUAGCCUCCAUGCACGCCAACUAGACCCACGCGGGAAAAAUAGGAGCAUCAGACUACUGCUGAUUUGCUAUCUAGCAUCAGACUAGUCAAAGGCCGUUGGAUGCAAACUGGAUGAGUGGUGAAUAACGCAUGCUUGCAUGCAGCCCACCUACGUGGAAGUUUCCAAAUUUUAACCAAUCGCAUUACGUGGGGCUUGAUCGUAGGAGUGCUUCCUGUAAUCACUCAUAAUUGCUGAUUCUUUAGAA